AUGUUCAAACCAAAUUUGCAUCAUCUCCAAAGAGUUGUUUCUUCCUCAACAACAGCAAGCACACAAAAACGAGUUCGAUUACGAGACUAUGUAAAAUCAUUCAUGAGCAGUGAUGGAAGAUUCCGAGUGAGUCUCAUUGAUAGUUCCGAUUCACUCAAAUCAUUCAUUUCUCGUUUUCAUUUGAAUCCUCACACCAAUCCUACUCAUCAUCAAGCCUCUCAAUUGAUGGGACAAUGCAUUUCUGCUUCCAUGCUGCUGAGUUCGUUGUUGAAAGGAGAGGAACGAAUUAAGUUAGAAAUUUAUUUACAUUCCGAUCAUCCAACCAUUCAUCAUGUGGUAGCAGAGUCUAUUCAAGUUGGAGAGGUGAGAGGAUUUAUUUCCUAUAAGGAAAAUCCAAAGGAUUUUGUGGAUGAUGAAUUACAUUCUGUAUUUUCAGUGUCUCGAAUCUUGAUGGAACAUUCAAAGCCAGUCAUGAGUUCAUUGCCUUUAUUAAUGCAAGGUGAAGACAAUGUAGAUUUAAGGAGAGAUUUUCAAGAAUUCUUUGACAAGUCUGAACAAAUACCUACUGCUUGUACUUUGGUGUGUAAACCAAAUCAGGCAGCAAACAGCACGACACAAGAAGGUUCUUCCACUAACAGUGGUAUUUCACAAUCACCGCCUCUGCUAUCGUAUGGAGUCAUUAUUCAACGGUUGCCUAUGAGCGAAUACAACAAUACAAUCAAUGCCAAUAUUCAAUCGAGCGUUAUUGAGGAACAAUUACAGGAUUUUAAACGAAAAUUAAGGGAAUUGGAGGAUCAAAUUGUGACCCGACAAGAUAUUCAUGAUCAGUUAUUUUACAAAUUUUUUGUGCCAGAGGAUGCAUCUACUGUGAGAUACAAACCAAUUGAUUAUUAUUGUCGAUGUUCGAAAGAUAAGGUCUUGGAAGCUGUGUCGCAUAUUGGAUUGGAAGAAUUAUGUGAUAUGAGAAGAGAAAUUGUUGAGGGAGGAAGAGAAACUUUUGAUUCCACGUGUGAAUAUUGCAAUAAUACUUAUCAUAUUGAUGAAGUGGAUUUGGGGAUGUUAAUUGUCAAGGCAUCAGACAAGGGCUCAUCUAACCAGUAG